CCUGUCAAGCUUACAAAUGGAAAUUUGGUAUUCGAAUAUCCAGUACCUAAAUCACUUUUUACAAAAGUUAAAUACACUAAAAGUGAAAAAUUUACAGAUAUAAGAUACACAGCUAUCACAUGCGAUCCAGACGAGUUUGAAAUAAAAAAAUAUUUAAUAUGA